AGCCGCAGCUGCGGCAGGUCCCCUCCUCCGCCUAUGGCCGCCCGCUCUCAGCCGAGGGCGGAGUCUCCCCGGGUGAAAUUGCUCUGGGUGCCGCCGCCGCGUUGUAUCUUCUGCGACUUCGCUAAGCGAGGGAGGGAGAGUUUCCUGCCUCCGGGAGGCAGGUGGUGACGGCGCUCCCGCUGCAAAGCCCCAGCCGAGGCCGCGAAGCUGCCGGUCCCGUUCCGCCCCUCCUCCCGCCGGCGGCGGAGAAGCGGGGGCGGUUUCCAGAGGCUGCGGCCCCGGCUGCGACCGUGCGGCCUCUGACCAGCGGCGAGCCUUUCGGAGGCUCCCCUUUGGCUUCCGCUCGCGCCUGCUCCGCCUCCACCAUGUCUGUAGCGGGGGAUGGCGGGGCGGGGACUCCCAAGGCGCUCCCUUCGUCUGGACCCAAAUCCCUGCGGGACAUAGCGCACCCGCUGGCCGCCUCCAGCAGCGAGGAGCUCAGCGCGGACCUUACGCCCAGCCCGGAUCUGCAGCUGCCUCGCAGUAUCGCCGACAAGGAUCUCAGUUUGCCCAACGGUACUCCUGUAGAUACUUCUAGUCCAGCCUCUUCCUCCUCGCUUCUUAAUAGAUUGCAGCUGGAUGAUGACUUGGAUGGGGAGAUGAGAGACCUCUUUGUCACUGUUGACGAUCCCAAAAAGCAUGUCUGUACGAUGGAAACUUAUAUCACUUAUCAGGUCACAACUAAGACCACGCGAGCUGAGUUUGACUUGCCAGAGUAUUCAAUGCGCCGAAGAUACCAGGAUUUUGAUUGGCUCAGGAAUAAACUGGAGGAAUCUCAGCCAACUCAUCUCAUUCCUCCUCUUCCAGAGAAAUUUGUAGUCAAAGGAGUUGUUGACCGUUUUUCAGAAGAAUUUGUUGAGACAAGGAGAAAGGCCUUGGAUAAAUUCUUAAAGAGGAUUGCGGACCAUCCAGUGCUUUCUUUCAAUGAACAUUUUCAUGUAUUUCUUACAGCCAAAGAUCUUAACGCUUAUAAAAAACAAGGAAUGGCCUUGCUUACCAAGAUGGGAGAAUCAGUAAAAUAUGUCACGGGAAGCUACAAAUUAAGAAGUCGACCGUUGGAGUUUGCUGCCAUGGGUGACUAUCUGGAUACGUUUUCUCUAAAGCUGGGAACUAUUGAUCGAAUCACACAGCGGAUAAUCAAGGAGGAAGUGGAAUAUUUAGUGGAGCUCCGAGAGUAUGGUCCUGUUUAUUCCACCUGGAGUGCUCUAGAAACAGAGGUGUCUGAACCUCUUGAAGGAGUGUCAGCCUGCAUUGGAAAUUGUUGCACAGCACUUGAGGAAUUGAGUGAAGAUAUGACUGAGGAUUUCCUGCCUGUUUUACGAGAAUAUAUCCUGUAUUCAGAUUCCAUGAAGAAUGUGUUGAAGAAAAGAGAUCAAGUUCAAGCAGAAUAUGAAGCCAAGCUAGAAGCUGUGGUCCUCAAGAGAGAAGACCGCCCCAAGGUGCCCACAGAUGUUGAAAAAUGUCAAGACCGGGUAGAGUGCUUCAAUGCUGACCUGAAGGCUGACAUGGACAGAUGGCAGAGCAACAAGCGGCAAGAUUUUAGGCAGCUGUUAAUGGGGAUGGCAGAUAAAAACAUUCAAUAUUAUGAGAAGUGCCUUACGGCGUGGGAAUCUAUUAUACCACUAUUGCAAGAUAAGACCGAGACCAAAUAAGUUGCAGCUCUUCCCAAAUUUCUUCCCUGUACCAUGGACAUUGACCAAAUGCCCAGACCCACUACCACUAAUUGUACUGAAGAUUUACUAUACACGAUGGUGUAAGAUUUUUUCCUCCUGGAGGAACACCAUGUGUGCUAAUUCUUGAACUGUACAUUUUUUGCCACUUUUUAACCAAACCAUCUUGAACUUUCUUACUCUGUGAACUUCGGAUGAUGGAAGUUAAAACAAGAGCACUUUUUCUUCUUGGACCACUUUAUAUUGAAUUAAAUUGAUGAAUGGAACACUAAAAUCAUAUUAAAAAUAAAGACUCUUAAAUGCAA